AUGACCCCCUUGAUCCCUGGGGUCUGCGGUCUGCGAGAUUUGAAGAUCGAUUAUUAUAAGAAUAUAUCCACGGUCGCCAUUUUUGUCAGCUUGGCCAAGCUUGAGGAUGCUAAGUUAAAGCUACAGACUGGCGCUGAAGGCCAAGUCUUGACUGAGCGCCUCCGCUUCUCUGCUAGCCCCGUUCCCAUCGGUCGCGGCGAAUGGCUAAUUCCCUCACGAACUAAAGACUAG